CAAUUUUUUUUGUUAUAACUUAAUAAAAUAAUAUAAUGUUUUGAUGAUAUAACCAAAUAAGAUAAUUGAAUCUGGUUCAUAAUAUUAUACCAAAUAUAGCCUGGCUGCAGAGCUGUCGGAGGAUCUGUUUAAACAAGAAAAAUGGCCAACUGGAGCAUUCCCACUGUUGAUCUCUCACCUUUCUUCAAAGAAGACGAUAAAGAUGGCAAGAAAAAAGCCAUGGAAACAAUCAGCCAAGCUUGCUCUGAGUAUGGAUUCUUCCAAAUUGAAAACCAUGGUGUUCCCCUUGAAUUGAUGAAACAAGCCCUCAAGCUCUCGAAGGAAUUUUUUGAUUUUUCUUAUGAGGAAAAGCGCAAGUACAGUCCUGAAUCAGGUGCGCCCCUUCCCGCUGGUUAUAGCAAGCAGCCAGAACACUCCCCUGACAAGAAUGAAUACGUUUUGGUCUUCCCCCCGGGGUCAGGCUUCAAUGUCUACCCUCCAAACCCUCCUGGAUUCAGGGAGGUCCUUGAAGGAUUCUUCUCUUACUUGACCAAGACGGGUUCGCUUAUAGAGAGCAUCAUAAAUGAGUGUCUUGGUCUCCCCCACAAUUUCCUCAAAGCAUUCAACCAUGAUAGGUCCUGGGAUUUCCUGGUAGCUUUGCGCUAUUUUCCUGCCACUAAAAGUGAAAACAACGGACUAACAGACCAUGAAGAUGGAAACUGUCUCACUUUCGUGUUCCAGGAUGAAGCUGCAGGAUUACAAGUUCGGAAAAAUGGAGAAUGGAUUCCUGUAGCACCUACAGAGAACAGUAUAGUAGUAAAUGUUGGUGACAUUAUCCAGGUGUUGAGCAACAACAAAUUUAAAAGUGCAACCCACAGAGUGGUGAGACCUGAAGGAAAGAGUCGAUACUCUUAUGCAUUCUUCUACAACUUGCAAGGAGAUAAGUGGGUUGAGCCAUUGCCAAAGUUUACUAAAGAGAUUGGAGAGCUACCCAAGUACAGAGGUUUCUUAUUCAAGGAGUAUCAGGAGCUGAGAAUGAGAAACAAGAGCCAUCCACCUUCAAGACCUGAGGAUGUGAUCCACAUAACUCAUUAUGCAAUCAACAAUUAGACAGGAGUGAAACUGCAGUUGAUUAAUUACUUAGCUUGUUGGGUAUUUCUUUUAAUCUCUUUGAUAAGCUUUGCUUGGUAAAACAAGCUGAAAAAGACAGAAGAAAAUAAGAAAGACAGAGAGACACUUGAUUGCGCAGUAUUCCUUUCUUUUUGGGUUAAUUUUGCAAUGGAAUCUGAUAGACAUAAACAGAAAAUGAUGGAAUUUGAUCUUUAACUAUACAAGUCAAUAGUUAGUUUGUUGUU